AGUAUUGGAUAGCUUGGAGGCUUUAAAAGAAUCCGUUUAUUACUUUUCAAAAAAAGUUCUAUUUUAUAGCUCAGUCAACAGAAGAAUAUGACAAGUCUCACAUGUGUUUUAAGUAGUACGUGUCAAUGUUGAGUAGGCGGAUUCUUAAGAAAAAUGAAAAAUAAAAACGUUAAGAGUCUGCAAAACCUCGUCGUGGGUCUGAUACUCAUAACCCUGUGCACCGGGGUUCAGGAUUCGGAAGCAGCGGCUUGCCAUGGCUGUGCAUCGGGAUCAAAGUGUGAUUGCAGUGGAGUGAAAGGGGCGAAGGGGGAGAGAGGCUUUCCAGGACUACAGGGCCAACCGGGGGUGCCAGGAUUUCCAGGGCCAGAGGGCCCGAUUGGACCUAGGGGAGAGAAGGGUAAUGAUGGACCUGCGGGACCAGCUGGGCCAAAAGGAAUCAGAGGGCCACCAGGACUGCCCGGAUUCCCAGGAACCCCAGGGAUCCCAGGUCUUCCAGGACAAGAUGGGCCCCCAGGCCCCAGGGGACCUCCAGGGUGUAAUGGGACAAAGGGCGAACGUGGAUUUCCCGGAAACCCAGGCUUUCCUGGGGCUCAAGGGCGUCAGGGUCCUCCCGGUUUACCAGGUGAAAAGGGUGACCCCGGUGAGGUCAUCUCAACUGACCGCUUUGGACAGAAAGGAGAACCUGGCUUGCCUGGCCUUCCGGGUGUUCCUGGAAGCACAGGUACUCAGGGGUUGCCUGGUCCAAUCGGUCCUCCUGGCCCACGAGGAUAUGAGGGGCGUCCUGGACCUCCUGGUCCACCAGGGCCCAAGGGUAACAUGGGCUUGAACUUCCAAGGGCCUAAAGGAGAGAAGGGUGAAAUGGGUCUGAUGGGGCCACCAGGACCACCAGGACUGAUAGGAGAGCAGAAGAGGCCAACGGAUGCUGAAGUGCAGAGAGGGGACAAGGGAGAUCAGGGACCUCCUGGACCACCUGGGGAACCUGGUGACCCAGGCCCUCCUGGCCCAUCUGGUGGUCCAAAAGGUGAGAAAGGAGAGCCAGGAGAGCCAGGCAAAAGGGGAAAACCAGGCAAGGAUGGAGAUCAAGGUCCACCAGGUUUCCUGGGUCAGAAGGGAGAACCAGGAAACCCAGGACUGCCAGGUCGAGAUGGCGAAAGGGGUGAUAAAGGUGAUCGGGGCUUCCCUGGACCUCCAGGUUUGGUGCUGAAUGGCCCGAACCUCAACAGAGUGGGACCCAAAGGUGACAUCGGUUUUCCCGGACUGCCUGGGAGAAAAGGAGAGAGGGGCACCCCAGGACUGACCGGACCCCCUGGACAGCCAGGACCACCAGGUGUUGGGAGUGUGGGUCCCCCUGGUCAGCCUGGCUUUCCUGGCGAGAGGGGACAGAAGGGUGAUGAGGGAGAACCAGGUAUCUCCUUACCAGGACCCCCAGGGAGAUCUGGACAGCCUGGCCAGUCAGGCCCUCCUGGGCCCCCAGGCCCUCCAGGAAGAACAGAGAUUGGUGGAAACUGCCUUCCAGGCGAGCCAGGGUUACCAGGACUGCAGGGAGAACGUGGCUUUCAAGGAGAAACCGGACAGAAAGGUGAAAAGGGCGAGACCUGCGUCAACUGUAUCACCAAUGGGAAUGCCAUCCCUGGACCUCCAGGACCCCCCGGCCCCCCAGGAUUCCCAGGUAGCCCAGGAGUUCCUGGGCUUAAAGGCGAGAGAGGAUUCCCAGGAGCACCUGGGCCAAGCGGGCCAGCAGGUUUACCCGGGCCACAGGGUCCGUCAGGACUUUCUGGACAGAAGGGCGAGCCAGGAGACGCUAUCAGCUUGGACGGGAUGAAGGGGGAUAGGGGUGACCCAGGAUUCCCGGGCCCUCCUGGAUUACCUGGCUUGGAUGGCAGACCAGGACGGGAUGGGGUUCCUGGUGCCCCUGGACCUAAAGGUGCCCCUGGGUCUUUGUUAGUCAAAGGUGAACGUGGUCCACCAGGAGACCCUGGAAACCCAGGUCUAGCUGGAGAUAGGGGGCCACCUGGCCCCCCAGGAUUUGGCUCCCAGGGCCCUCCCGGAGAGAAAGGUGUUCAGGGUGUGUCAGGACGACCAGGAACUCCGGGUGCACCAGGGCAGAAAGGUGAACCAGGUCAAACUAUAGCAGAGAAGGGAGCUCCAGGUCCUCCAGGACCAGAUGGAGAGCUUGGCAUGCCGGGAGCCCCAGGUGCUCCAGGUUCGCCAGGACAGCCGGGCUUCCCAGGGUUGCCUGGGAUGAAAGGGGACCCUGGACUUCCUGGCAUUGGUUUGCCAGGCCCCCCAGGAGUGAAAGGAUUCCCUGGGACACCUGGGCCACCCGGACCUCCUGGCCUUCCAGGACGCACAGGAGUCGAUGGUCUCCCCGGUCCACUAGGUGCCGCUGGGCCUAAGGGUGAGCCUGGCUUUGGGUUGCCAGGUCCCCAGGGGCCUCCAGGAUUCCCGGGAGGUAAAGGAUUCCCUGGCACGAAAGGUGACCCCGGAUUUCCAGGAUCCCCUGGCCAGCCUGGAAGGCCAGGCUUUGACGGAGCACCAGGAAGCAAAGGUGACCCUGGCAUUCCUGGCACACCCGGAGCUCGGGGACCCCCAGGUAGCCCUGCGUAUGGUCUUCAAGGACCCCCAGGACCUCCUGGAGGCCCAGGUCCCAUGGGUCCCCCUGGGUUCCCUGGUGUGAAUGGAGACAAGGGUGACCCCGGACCCCCUGGACUGGACAUCCCAGGGUUGCCAGGAGACAGAGGGAGCCCCGGCUUUCCUGGGCCUCCAGGUCCCCUGGGGCCUCCCGGCAGCCCUGGUCAACCAGGCCGAGACGGACUGCCUGGACUGCCGGGUCCCAAAGGAGACAUGGGAAUAAUGGGAACCCCUGGACCUCUUGGACCCCCAGGAAGCCCUGGUGUGCCUGGAUUCCCUGGACCAAAGGGUGAUGGCGGAUUCCCUGGACGGCCAGGCAGCCCAGGUGUUCCAGGGCCCAAGGGAGACGUUGGUGACCCUGGCCUACCCGGACCACCAGGUCCACUCAUUCCCCCUGCAGAACUGAAAGGGUCAAAGGGAGACCCAGGUUCCCCAGGUGCAAACGGUCUUCCAGGACAGAAGGGUAUGCCUGGGCUACAAGGAGACCCUGGACUUCCUGGGCAGGAUGGGCGACCGGGCCUACCAGGACCCCCAGGUCCCAAAGGAGACGCUGGUGUCCCCGGCCCUUCAGGGGGCCCUGGAUUGCCAGGGCCGAAGGGCAGCAUGGGAGAGAUGGGCUUCCCAGGACCCUCGGGAUUGAAAGGAACCCCAGGGCUACAGGGCCGACCCGGAGCACCUGGACAGCCAGGUGGCCCUGGGUUUCCAGGCCCCAAGGGUGAGCCCGGCAUCCCUGGAUUUGGAGUCCCAGGAACUCCAGGCCCUAAGGGUGAACCAGGCCAGCCUGGAUUCCCUGGUGUCCCAGGUGCCAAAGGCCUGCCAGGUGCCUCAGGUCUCCCAGGUCUUCCGGGUGGCCCAGGACCAAAGGGUGAUCCAGGAGCCCCAGGGUUUCAAGGAUCGCCAGGUAUCCCCGGACCCAAGGGUCAGGAUGGAGCUCCUGGGCCUCCAGGUAUCAACGGACCCCCGGGCCGCCCUGGAGAGUCCGGCCGCAUUGGAGCCCCAGGAUUACCUGGAGACAAAGGUCAAGCAGGUCGGGAUGGCAUCCCUGGACCAGCUGGAGAGAAAGGAGACCCAGGACUGCCCGGCUUCGGAAGCCCAGGCCCCCCAGGUUCUCCGGGAUUACCAGGUCCAAAGGGAGACCUCGGCUCACCCGGCCUUCCCGGUACCCCCGGCUUCCCCGGCCAGAAGGGUGACUUGGGAUUCCCAGGCUUGCCUGGACCUCCUGGUAACAUCGGACCACCCGGUCCCCCAGGCCUGUCCCAGCAAGGGCCCAAAGGUAGUCCAGGACCCCCAGGUCCUCCAGGGAGAGGAGGUGCUCCUGGCCCCGAGGGACCCCGGGGCCCCCCAGGCAGUGGAGGUAUUAAGGGGGAGAAGGGAAUUCCUGGCGCUCCUGGUCAACCUGGCCUACCUGGGCCAAAGGGAGAUUAUGGACCCCCUGGGUUUUCGGGUCCGCCAGGUCUCCCCGGAGCCAAUGGUAUGAAAGGAGACAUUGGAAUGCCCGGAGUUCCAGGGUUCCCAGGACCAAAAGGGCAGUCUGGCUUACCUGGUGCACUUGGUCUUCCUGGAGACCCUGGAGAUGUUGGUCCCCCAGGACCCCCUGGUGAUCCUGGCGUGCCUGCAGCGCCCAUUGUACUGAAAGGGGAAAGAGGCCCUCCAGGAUCCCAAGGCCUGCCAGGGAAUCGUGGUUCCCCUGGGCCUCCAGGACUGGAGGGGCUUUCAGGCCCACCAGGGAGUCCCGGAGACCCCGGCCCCGAGGGUCCCCCAGGAUUCAGUGGCCCCAUCGGACGCAAAGGAGACACAGGGCCAUCUGGACAGCCGGGUCAGCGAGGUUUCCCGGGCCCCCCUGGAUCGGACGGGCCUCAGGGGCCCCCCGGCCUGCCUGGGGCUUCCUCAGUGGCCCAUGGCUUCCUCAUCACGCGCCACAGCCAGUCCACGGAGGUGCCCUUCUGCCCCGACGGCACCAACCUGAUCUACGACGGCUACUCUCUGCUGUAUGUGCAGGGCAACGAGAGAGCCCACGGUCAGGACUUGGGCACGGCAGGCAGCUGUCUGCGCAGAUUUAGCACCAUGCCCUUCAUGUUCUGCAACAUCAACAACGUCUGCAACUUCGCCUCUCGUAACGACUACUCCUAUUGGCUGUCCACACCUCAGCCCAUGCCCAUGAAUAUGGCGCCCGUCACUGGAGAGUCCAUCAAGCCAUUCAUUAGCAGAUGCGCAGUCUGUGAAGCCCCUGCCAUGGUAAUCGCAGUGCACAGUCAGACCAUCCAGCUGCCCACCUGCCCACAGAACUGGGACCCACUGUGGAUCGGAUACUCCUUCAUGAUGCACACUAGCGCCGGGGCAGAGGGUUCCGGCCAGGCCCUGGCCUCCCCUGGGUCCUGCCUGGAGGAGUUCCGCUCCGCCCCCUUCAUCGAGUGCCACGGGCGGGGCACCUGCAACUACUAUGGCAACUCCUACAGCUUCUGGCUGGCCACAGUAGAUGUCUCCGAAAUGUUCAGGAAGCCCCAGGCGGAGACGCUGAAAGCAGGAAACCUGAGGACGCGCGUCAGCCGCUGCGUGGUGUGUAUGAAGAGGACGUAACAGCGCAGAAAUCCCGUCGCCAGGGACGACAAACCACGACGACGACGAAGAGGGUGUUAGCGAUAGGUGGAAUUCCAAUGGUGCAUUUCUUCCCGUAAAACUCUAAUGGUGCUACUGUGCAACACAGCAAAACUGAAAAAAGAACAAAAAAAAUGAACCGAUUUUAUUCUUUUUAAAGAAGUACCUCAAAAAAAAGAAUCGAAAAGAAAAAAAAAAACACGAAACGUGCCAUGGCAGAUGUGUGAACAAAAAGUGCAUUUUAUUUUUUCUCUUUCUGAGAGAAGUUUUUUUUUUCCGCUAGAAUAUUCCUUUCUUUUCACGUUUUGAUGUUGGUACACAUUUUGAGAAAGAAGUGCGCUUUUUUCGUUUUUUUUUUUUUUUUGAAAAGGAGUGGAAUUAAGUCUCCGUGUUACCAAAUCGGCACUUUGACUUCUGAACAUCACAGAGAGGAGAUGCACUGAAGAGCUUCCUUAGUGAGACUGCAUUCUUUUUUUAUCCUGUCUCUUAGACUCUUUCCGUCACGUGACUUCUCAUGGUGGUACUAACACUGCUGUAUCCAAGACUCUUAACUAUAGGCCUUUCUUCCUCUUUUUUUGUAAGUAAUAAAAUGUGUAUAUUGUGUAAAACACCUUUUUAGUGUAAAACAUAAAACGGUACUCUACUAGGAAUUGCUGGGUUCUGUUGGUUCACUCACUCACUCUUUCACUCACACACUCACUCACUCACACACCAACUCACUCAUAUUGUACAAAGUAAGCGUUCUAUAAAUGAAACAGUAUUUUAUAUAUAAAUAUAUAUGAAUAUAUAUAUAUUAAAAAUGAAACAUUUUUAUAAACUUUGGCUGUGGGAGGUUUUUCACAACUUUUUUUUUCUCACCGUAAGAAACAAAUAACA